AUGGGUGGUGGUGGGGGGGGUGUGGGGGUGAGAUUUGUUGGGGGUGGUGUGGGGGGGUUUGGGGGUGUGUGUUGUGGGGUUGGGGGUUGGUUGGUGGUGGGGGUGGGGGGGGGGGGGGAUGGGUUGUGGUUGGUGGUGGGGGGGGGGGGGGGGUGGUGGUGUGAAUGGGUGUUGGUGGGUGGGUUUGGGGUUGGGUUGUGGGUGUGUGGUGGGUGGGGUGAUUGGUGUGGGGGUUUUUUUGGGGUGGGAGGGUUUAUUGGUUGUGUGGGUGUGGGAUUGGGGGAAGGAUGUGGGGUUGGGUGGGGGUGGGUUUGUGGUUUGAGGGGGGGUUUUGGGUUUGGUGGGGGGUUGUAUGGGGUUUUGGGGGUGGUGGUGUGGGUUUUUGGGUUGUGGGGGGGGGGGGUGGGGGGGGGGUGUGGGGGGGGAGGGGGGGGUGGGUUGGUGGGUGUGUGGUGGUAUAUAGAGGUUGUUUUUGGGGUGUGGUUUGUGAGGGUGGUGGGUUGGGGGGGUUUGGGUGGGUUGGGUGUUGUAUGUUUGGUGGUGUUUGUUAGGGAGUUAUGGGUUUUGUGGUGUUGGGGGUGGGUGGUGGUGGUGUUGGUGUUGUUUGGGGGGUGGUUGGUGUGUGUUGGGUGGGUGGUUGGUGUGGGUGUGGUGGUGUGGUUGUGGGGGUUGUGUGGGGGUUUGUUUGUUUGUUGGUGUGUUGGUUUUUUGGGUGGUGGUUUUUUGGUUGGGGUUGGUUGGUUUUUUGGUUGGUGUGGUUUUGGGUUUUGUGUUGUGGUGGUUUUUUUUGUUGGUUUUGGGUGUGGGGGGUUGGUGGGUGUGUUGGGUGUGGGGUUGUUGAGUGUGGGGGUUGUUGGGGGGGGGGUGGUUGUGUGGGGGUGUUGUUUGUUGGGUUUUUGUUGUUGUGGUGGGGUGGUUGUGGUGUUGUUGGGUGUGUGUUGUUGUUGUGUUUUGGUUGUUUUGUGUUUUUGUUGUGUUUGUUGUGUGGUUUGGUGGGGGAGUGUUUUUAGUUUUGUGUUGGGGGUGUGUUGUGUGUUUUGGUGGGGGUUUGUUGUGUUGUGUUGGUGUUGGAUGUGUGUGGUUUGGUUUUGUGGGUGGGGGGGGUUGGUGGGUGGUUUGGAGGGGUUGUUGGGUGGGUGGGGGGGGGGUGUUGGGGUGGUGGUUGUGUGGGGUGUGGGUUUGGGGGGGGAUGGUUGUUGUUGGUUGGUUGUUUUUGUGUGGGGGGGAGUGGUUGGGGUUGUAGGGUUUGUGGGUGGGUGUGGUGGUGGGAUUGGGGUGGGGGGGUUGUGUGGUUUAGUGGGGAGGGUGGGGGGGGGGGGGGGUGGGUUGGGGUGGGGGGUGGGUGGUAGGGUGUUUUGUGGGUGUAUGGUUGGGUGGGGUGAUGGUGUUGGUUGGUGGGGGGUGUGGUUUUGUGGGGGGGGGUUUUGGGGUGUGUGUGGGGGUGUUUGUUGGUGGGUGGGGGUGGGUUGGGUGGAGUGGUGGUGUUGUAUGGUGGUGUUUGGGGGUGGGGGGGGUGUGGGGGGGGUAGGGGGUGGGGGGUGUUUGUUGUGUGGGGGGGGGGGGGUGGUGGGGGUGGUGGGGUGGUGUUGGGGUGUGUUGGUGUUGGGGUGGGGGGUGGGUUUGGGUUGGUGGUUGUGGGGGGUGUUUGGGGUGGGGGGGGUGUUGGUUGGGGUGGGUGUGGGGGUGUGUUGUGUGGUGUUGGUGGGGGGGGGGGGGUGGGGGGUGGUGGGGGUGGGGGGGGGGGGUGGUGGGUGGGGGGGGGGGGUGUGUGGUGGGGGGGGGGGUGGGGGGUUGUGGGUUGUAGGGUGGGGGGGGGGGGGUGGGGGGUGGUUGGUUGUGGUGUGUGGGGGGGUUGGGGGGGGGGUUUGGGGGUGGGUGUUGGGUGGGGGUUUUGGGGUGGGGGGGUGGGUGUGUUGGUGUGGUGGGGUGUUGGGGUUGUUUGUGGUGGGUGUUGUGUGGGGGGUGGUGAUUUUUUGGGGUUGGGUGGUGUGUGGGGGGGUUGGUGGUGUUGUAGGGUGGGGGGUGUGGAGGGGUGUGGGUGGUUGGGGGUGGGGGGUGUGGUGGGGGGGGUUGGGGUUGUGUUUGUGGGGUGUUUGUGUGGUGGGGUGGUGUUGUGGGGGUGGUGGGUUGGGGGGGGGUGGGGGGUUGGGGGGGGGGGGGUGGGUGGGGGGGUGGUGGUGUGGGUUGGGGUGGUGGGGGGGUUGUGGUGUGUUGGUUGGGGGGUGGGUGUGGUGGGUGGGGUUGGGUGGGUGUGGGUGUUGGGGUUGGGGGGUUGUUGGGUUGUGGGGUUUGUGGGUGUUGGGGUGGGGGGUGUGGGGGUUGUGGGUGUGUGGUUGUGGUGUUUGGUGGUUGUUGGUGGGGUUUGGGUUGGGGGGGUGUGUGUGGUGUGUGUGUUUUUGGGGGGGGUGUGGGUUGGUGGUGUUGUUUUUGUUUUGGGGGGGGGGUGGUGUUUUGGUGGUUGUGUGUGGUGGGGUGGUUUGUGGGUUUGGGUGUGAGUGGUUGGGGGGUGGUUUGUUGGUUGGGGUUGUGGGGUGGGGUGGGGUUGUGGGUUGGUGUGGUUGGGUGUGUUGGUGGGUUGUUGUUGUGGAUGUUUGGGGGUGUAGUGUGUUUAGAGGGGGUGUGGUUAGUUGGGGGGGUGGGGGGGUGUGGGUGGAUGGAUGGGGGUGGUUUGAUGGGGUAUGGGGGGGUGGUAGUGUGUGGUUGAGUUAUGUUUGGGGGGGGGUGUUGGGGGGGGGGUGGGUUUUGGGGGUUGGGUUGAGGGUGGUUGGUGGGUGUGUGUGGUGGGUUGUGGUGGUGGUGGGGGGGGGUGGGGGUGGGGGGGGGGUGUUUUGUUUGGGUGGGUGUAGGUGGGGAGUGUUGAGGGGGUGUGGUGGGUGUGUUGUGGUGGGGUGGGGGGGUGUGUGGGGGGUGGGUUGGGGGGGUGGGGGGGGGGGUGGGUUGGUGGGGGGUGGGUGGGGGGGUGUGGGGGGUUUAGAUGGGGGGGGGGGGUAUGGGGGUGUUUGGUGGGGGGGGGUGGGAGGGUUGGAGGGGGUAGGUGUUAAGUUGUGGGGGGAGGGUGUGUUUGUUGUUGUGUGUUGGGUGGGGGGGUGUUGUAAUGGGGUUGGGUUGGGGUGGUGUAUGGGGGAGGGGGUUGGGGGUGGGGGUUUGGUGUGUUGA